CUGUAAUGAACAUCCUGUGUAGUAUUAGACCACAGUCAUUUGUUGCUCAGACGCUCAGAGGAGAGCAUGACUUGCAUUCACACACCAAGACUAUAUUUUGGGCUUCUGUUCUUAAUUCUGUCUUUCACAUGCUGUUCAGCAGCUGCUCCGAGUGUGGAGUGUAAGAUCAUCAACCUCGAGUAUGUGAAGUGCAUCUGGAACACAAACACAUCAACAAUGAACUACACCUUCAGCAGUAAAUUUGCAAACGACAACUCCCACGACUGUCGAGAAUACAUCUUGGAGCACAAUUACACUGUAGGCUGCAGAAUUCCUCUCAAAAACCCUAGUCAGCGUUUUUCAAAAUUUCAUGCAUCUGUGUCCACUGAAGGAAACCACACUUUUAAAAAAAAUUUUGAUUCCCUCCAGAGACAUGUGCAGCUAAAUGCGCCCUAUAACCUCUCAGUGAAGUGGAAUGAGCACAACAGCACACUUUUACUACAGUGGAACAGCACCACCCCCAAAAAUAACUGUGUAGUCUAUAAUCUCCGCAACCAGAAAGACGCAACCCAGUUGUCAACAAACGUGACAGAAGUAAAGUCGUACAGCCUGACGCAGGUCUCACGGAACAAGCACUAUGUUUUCCAAGUCCGGAGCUCUGUCGCUGGUGUCUGUGGUUCUUCAGAUUUAUGGAGUGACUGGAGCCCUCCAGUGGAGUGGGGCAGUGCAGAGGACAUCAGCAGACAAGGCUGGUGGCAGUGGUUGUAUGGUAUUCUGUCAGUACUUGUGCUGUUCUGUCUGGGUUUGUUGUUGUGCUAUUGUGAGAGGAAAGGGAUCAUCUUACUUCCAGUUGUGCCUGACCCUAGCAAGAACCUACAGGAUUUGUUCCAUAAACAUGAUGGAAAUGUUGAGAGCUGGGUUCACAUCUCCAGAGAGCUGAAGGAUGCCUUUGAGCCAGACUACACAGAGCCGUCCUGCGAUGUGUGUGAGGUUACACCCUCUUCUGAAGCCGAUCCCACACCUGUGGCCAGUCCUGUUCCUCAAACCGACAAGUGUGAUGAACCAAGCACUGCAGAAGAGCCUGCAGAAGAGCAGAGCUCAUAAGACGAAGAGGUGUUAACCUUUCACCUGAACUGUCAUCUCGUUCUUACUGUACACAUUCACAAGCGACAUUUCAAUGUCUGUUUUCAUUUGCACAUUUAUCUUUUACAAUUGUAUGUAGAGUUUGAGUAUAAGAAAGAUGGAAAAUUAAAUGACUAACAUUUCUUAACCAA